AUGAAGACAUCGACUCUGCUGAGUGCCACCCUCUUAGGUUUACUUCCAGGUGCACUAGGACAGGCUGCCCACUGGGGUCAAUGUGGUGGCCAGGGUUGGUCUGGGCCGACAACCUGUGCCUCAGGAUCCUGCUGCGUCGCUUCCAACCAGUGGUACGCUCAGUGUAUUCCUGGUGGUAACUGUGGCGGUGGCGGCACGAACCCUCCUACCAACCCACCGACCAACCCUCCGACGAAUCCGCCUACCAACCCGCCUACCAACCCGCCUACCAACCCGCCUACCAACCCUCCUAGCACCGGCGACCGAUCCGCCGGCUGCGGCAAAGCUCCCAUCACCUCGGGGACCAAGAGCAUCAACGUCAACGGCAGGAACCGCCAGUACAUCCUGCGGGUGCCAAACAACUACGACAGCAACAAGCCUUACCGCCUGAUCUUUGGCUUCCACUGGCUGGGCGGCAACAUGGACGACGUGGCCACGGGCCGCACCGUGCAGGCCGGCACGUGGGACUACUACGGCCUGCGGCGGCUCGCCGACGAGAACGCCAUCUUUGUGGCGCCCAACGGCCUCAACGCCGGCUGGGGCAACGCCGGAGGCGAAGACGUGGCCUUUGUCGACGCCCUCGCCCGCAACCUCGAGGACGACCUUUGCGUAAACCCGAGGUUGCGCUUCGCCACGGGUUUUAAUUUCGGCGGCGCCAUAAAUUACGCGUUCGCCUGCAGCCGCAAUAGCGUGUUUUGCGCCGUUUCCGUUAUUGCGGGUGGGCCAAUGUCCGGCUGCGAAGGCGGAACCGCGCCGGUCCCCUACCUCGGUAUCCACGGCCUGCGCGACAACGUGCUCCCCAUCGCGACGGGCCGGCAGUUGCGCGACAGGUUCGUCGCCAACAACGGCUGCACGCCCCAGAACCCUCCCGAGCCGGCGCAGGGCAGCCUCCGCCACGUAAAGACGGUGUACGGCGGCUGCCGCGACGGGUUCCCGCUGACCUGGAUCGCGUACGACGGCGGGCACGUCGCGGCGCCCGCGGAUGGCACCGCUGGCGAUAAUGGCAGCACGACGUUUGCGCCGGCGGAGACGUGGGCUUUUUUUGAGCAGUUUAGUUAG